AUGAGGGGAUCGUUCUUGGGCGUUGUUCUGUCUUUUUUGGUCGCAACCGCCGUGAUCGCGGCCCCGCUCAGCCCUUAUGUGGAAGAAGCAGGCAGAGAUGUGGCGGGCAAGUCCAACGAGAUUGACGACCUUGUCGAGGCUAUGAGCAGACUCCCACGCCUCAAGACGUCUCCCCAAGGCAGUCGAAUCGUCUCAUCCGAAGAGGAGGCCAAUGCUCCCCGCUUUGCCGGCUCAAGCCAGCCUAACGCCUGGUCUUCAGUGCCAAUGGCCGGAAAGCGGACUCGCGUCUCCGAAGCCGAGUCCAGUCGAACCUCUCGAACUCGCCAGUGA